UGGGGCAGUGAUGCACAUCAACCGUGGAAACCCAGCUCAGCACGAAGUCGUGGUGGACUCUUGGCCAGAAUUUAAAGCUGUUCUUACCCGACCACGAAAGGAGGUGGUGAAAGACAACAGGGAUUAUUAUGCCAACCUGCAUGCUGCUUUCUACCGGGAGGAAGAUGCCUGCAGAGCACUCCUAGAAAACAAAGAUGCUGUAGACUGGGACAAAGCCUUCCAGCUGCAAGGUCUCCAAGAUGGGCUCUAUCAGGCUGCAAAAGUCAUGGCACAAGCUAGACAUGUCCAUUUGGAGCCCUAUUUCUACCAGGCAGCGCUCCACCCGGAGCCAGCCAUGUUAUGUCAGAAACAGCUCAGAAAUGGUCCCCACCGCCUGGGGACGCUCAGGCCAUCCCAUGCACCCCUGCUUGAUGAAACCUGGCCCUUUGGAGGCAACGAUCGGAGCCUGCGCUAUAUGAGGAGCCUGAUUGAUGACUUCCCGAAUGCUUGUCUUCUAGAUGAGGAAGGCCAGGUGGUUGCCUGGAGCCUAAGUGAUGCAAUUGGUUCUCUGACACAUGGCUAUGCCCUUCCCAAGUACCGGGGAAAAGGUCAUAUGAAACCAGUGUUGCAGGCCCUAGCCCAAAAGUUGCACGCUAAAGAUCUUCCCUUGUAUGGUGGAGUUCUGCCAGAGAACCAGAUCUCCAGGCAAUAUUUAAGGGGCCAGGGCUUUCAUUUCUUGCCACAGACAAAGUAUGUGCUCUAUUUCACUCCAAAUCACAUGAAAUAGCAGGGGCAACAUUCAGGCUUCAUUAGAUGGGGAGUUUAGAAGUAACAUUCACGCAGAUUUAAGGGACUGUCUCUGGAUACAUUCAAGGUUAAGUCUAAAAAGAAUUGCAAGAAUCAAGAAUAGCUCUUGAUGAAUAAUUGUGCAUUCUAAAAUAAAACUCUUGCAGCUUUUAAAUGAUACAUUUGCCAUAGCUAUUCCUUUAGCAUACAUUCUACACCAUAUCAGGAUCCAGCAUUUUGGCCCUAAAUCUCUUUUAUAUGAGAGAGAGAGAGCGCUUCUCCAUCCCACCAGUGCUUUGAGUCUCCCAUCCUGCAAUCAUCUUCGCUUCUGCCAAUUUCAAAAGGCCAAUGACUCUCUGGUCCGCCACCAGCUAACCAGUAGGAGAGUGCAAAUUAUGUCCUCCAAUCAGUUCCCUACCCCAAGCUCCAUCCUUUAAGGUUCUGUCACUCUUAGAAGAAGAGAGAUGAUUGCUAGUGAGGCUUAUUCUGUUGUCCUUCCCUAUGUCUAAGAUUCAUAUGUAGAAAAUGUCCAUAUAUUUGGGGUUACUUCCCACAUAGCGCGCUUAUUAAAAACAAAUCAGGUACAAGUUUUGUCAAUUGGGGAAUAUAUUUGAAGGCUUCAUAAAGCUGGAAUAGUCAAAUGUAAGUUGGGACAAUAAUACUUGUUUUUGCUAGUUAUGACAGGGGGAAACAUCUGGGAAGCAAUGUGCCUCUCACAGUGAUUCUGUUAUGGCCACCUUCUUGCACACAACUUGAAAAUGCAACAAUUAAUAUUUGACAGAAAUCUUCAAGUGUACUAGUAUAUACUGUCAUGUCUAAUGGGGAUUUGGUUAUCAAACAUAGGGCAUCAGAAUUCCUGUCUAUUCUGUGUGUGGAUGCUAUUGGAUGCUAUCACUGUCUCUUCAAACUGGUUAAUGGCAAGCUUCAUUCCCACUCAAACAAGAAAUACCAACCAAGAACUUGGAAUUUUCCUUAAAUAUACUUAUCGCGUUAGAAGUCAACUAGGCUGAUGUGUUGCAUGUAUUUCUGGAGACUGAACAAAGUCAUACAAACCGAGAGCAACUUACAACAAAUACCUGCAAUACCUUCUAUAGUCCAUGUUAUCUUCUCAACUUGAAGCAGCAACAACUUAGCAAAAGCAUGCUAGAUAUCAUAAGAAAAAGAAAAGAAAUUGAGUUUCCCUGCUGAGGAUGCUGUUGCGAAAUCUGCCUUCUUCAAAUGAAUGGCAAUAGACCACAGAAGCUGGAAAUCUAUUGAUAAAGAACAACAGAAACAAUAAGCCCAGAUACCUUUGAACUUCAGGAGCUGAUGCCUCAGCUUUAUUCAAGAGUCACACAGUUGAAAAACAAUCCUCAGCUGUAGUGUAUUACUUGCAAGGCCAGUUCCAGCAAGCAAUCAUUAUUUAGAGAUAAAUCAAGGACUGUGGGGUUCAUGAAAAAGGGAAUGAUUGACACACUGCAGAAAUAGGAAAAGUACAGUAAAUGAAGUUGUAGUCAGAUUUACAGACAGAUGUUUAUCUGUGUGGAGUUUUCAAUGAUUUUCAUAAUUUGGGAAUGCAGGCAGUUAAUUGCUCAUUGGUAGUUUUUCUCCACAAUCAACCUUCAAUGUGCCAAAUUAGUCAAAUUCUUUCAAUACACAAUAAAGAAAGCAACUUUCAGAAGGCACAGACAAAAGGCAUCUCUUUGUUAUAUACACCAUCUUCAGUCACAAUCACUCCACACACCAUGAAAACCAAGCAACUCCACUUUUAGUAUCUCAGCAGAACCUGCAAAUGUAUGAGAUAUGGUACCUGAAAUAUUGGCUUUUAUUUCAGAAAGUGUUACUCUUGCUGCCGCCUAGUGAUGGAGCAUAAAAGAUCAUCAGUUUUCUAUGCGUCUGCCCAUUUUUGUACUCAGAUUUGAUUUCAAUUCAAGACUUUUCUGAGCAGUCUUCCUUGAAUCUUUUUUUCUGGAGGUGGCCGCAAUUAUAAGUCCUGCAUGGCAUUACAGUGCUAAUUAGCACAAGAUCAUCAAAACCAUAUAAGAAUCUCACUCACUUUCAUUCAAACCAUGCAAGAAUCUUACACAAUUUCAACAGCUGUUUAUAUUGGUAGGAUACCUCUUCAUUUCUACUAGAUAGGACUACCAGAUCUGGGCUAUUAUAAUCCAGGCAGCCACUAGAUGAGAGCAAAGACACACAGAAAACAACUCUGUGCCAUUAUCUAGUGGUCAUCAGAAUCUUUGCAGCCCAGAAGUUAGCCUUAAAUAUGGACAGCAGGAGAAAUGACUUAUUGUUGGAGUAAAGGCAGGGAAAACCACUGCAAAUUGUCACUGAAUGCACAUUAAUUUGCCUUGUUUCUCUGCCAGCUAAAGUGAUGCCCACAAUACUAGGAAUGGUAUUCAAUUUAAGUGCCUGGUGCCCAAUUAAUACAUAAUCUCCAACCUAAGCCUCUUAACCAAGACAGUACUGGUAAAUAAAUACAUCUGUGAUCAGCCCUAUUGCUGAAUAAUCAAUUGUUUCCUGUUGUGUUUGAGGAAAGGCUGGAGGAGGACAUCUCUUGGAAUUGCAUAAUUAGAUCCCCAUGGCUCUGAUGAACACACCGCAGCUGGAGAAGAAGCAAGAUUUCCAGACCAGCUCCUCACCCCUGCAGGUACCCUCACCUGCUUGGCUGAAAAGAGCUGAACUAAGAACCUGUGCCUUACUCCAAGGGAGCG